AUGUCAUUCAGCUUUGGAGCUCAACCGAAACCUGCCUUUGGCGGUUUCUCAACACCCAAUCCACAAGGAUCAACGUCCAACACCGGUGGCUCCUUAUUCGGUUCAGCACCUUCUCAGCCUGCAAACCCUUCCGCUUCACUUUUCGGCUCGACUCAGCAACCACAACAGCAGCCACAACAGCCAGCUACUGCAGGAGGGCUUUUUGGCUCGACCACUAAUCAACCUUCGGGUACAACGACAGGAGGGGGAUUAUUUGGUUCAACGUCACAACCUUCAACCGGUAUGUUCGGAUCAACCGCACAACCUGCUCAACAACAACAACAGCAACAACCAAAUGGAGGCGGGUUGUUCGGAUCAGCACCAAAUCCUGCAGCCGGAUCAUCAAGUGGAGGAGGAUUGUUCGGUUCAAUGAACACAACCAAUAACAAUGCGGGCGCAGGAGGUAGCUCGUUAUUUGGUCAGCAGAAUAGUGCUAAACCUGCUGGAACCGGAUUAUUUGGAUCAACAAAUCAACCUGCUGCAGGAGGAUCAAGUAUGUUUGGACAAAGUACCACUCAGCCAAAUUCCACUGGGACGGGAUUGUUUGGUUCAACACAACAACCUCAACCUCAACAGCAACAGCAACAAGGCGGAAGUCUAUUUGGUGGAUUUGGUCAACAGUCACAAUCGGGGGCAAAACCUGCCGGAGGUUUGUUCAGCGGUUUUGGUGGAGCGAGUCAACAACAACAGCAACAGCAGCAGCAACAGCCACAACAGCAAAAUUUGCAAGGGUCUUCAAUGUGGAAUGCCAACAAUUCAAGCUUAGGGCAAAGUACAAUGGGUGGACCAAUGAACGCUUCUACUUCAAGUAAUGUGAAUCCCUACGGCGUGAAGCAAGAGCCCGAUAUGGAGACUAGGAUAAAAGAUAUUCAAGGAGCUUGGGAUAGCAAUAGUCCUGAUUGUAGAUUCAAGUACUUUUUCUACAAUGUAGUCGAAGAAGGUACCACGAGUAGAUAUGGGAGACCACAAGGUGCAAAUGAUGAUUCUAAAUGGGCGAAAGCACUAAGAGAUAAUCCGGACCCUAAUUGUAUGGUACCUGUAUUGGCUACCGGAUGGGCCGAUGUGAAAAAACGAGAGCAGCAACAAGAGAACCUAGCUAGUGUACAUCAGCAGCGAGUCAAGGAAUUGCAAGCUGCUUUAUCACACACUCGCCAAACAUCGUUAUCCGCUUCGAUUCGACUAACAAACUUGCAAGCACAGCAGACACAACUGCUUCAUCGGUUAAUACAUCUUGUAUCACAAACGCCGCAAUACGUACCCUUAAUCCAGUCUUCUGCAUUCAGACAAGAAGAAGCAGAGAUGCAAAAGCAAUUGGAAGGCGUUAAAGCUGAACUGGAAGGAAAGGGUCGAAAUGCUGUUAGACCAUCGCAUUCAAUUGGAUUGAAUGGCAAUGGCAGAUCUACGCCAGUGGGAGUUGGUAAAGGUAGAUUACUGGGACAGGUGAAUGAGCUUUGGGGACAGUUAGAAGAGAUUAGAAGAAGAAGGAAAAUUAGGAACAAUGAUGGAUCAGAUCAAAGUUGGCUUAAUGAUGAAAAAGCAUUAGCGGAAGUUGCGGAUAUAUUAGCUACUCAACAAAUGGCCCUGCAGAAAUUAAGUGGAUUGGUACAUGAAGGUCUGGAAGAUACGGAAGUAAUGAGACAGGGUUUAGGUAUGAUCAGCAGUCAAGAGAGAUAA